AAAGAAGAGUUUUCAGUGCCGACUAGUGUGUGUGAAAUCUUUGUUUCCAUUUUCCAACUUGAUGCCGCGUUCGGCGAGUCUCUACUUCCAUUAAUCAUUCACCAAACUUCCCACUCCACUUUCCUCAUCGAAUCGCAAAUCUGCAAAAUCUGAAUCACAAACAUCUCAAUCUCAUUCAACAAUCACCACCACUUCAGAUCUACGAGUCCCUUUUCGCAAUCUCAGAAUAGCAACAAACCGCAAGAUCAUCGAAUUUCCCAGUGUGUGUGACAAGAAUCAGCAGCAGCAGUAGCAGCGUCUUCAAAAUGGCGCGGAUACCCAUUACUUCACUCACCCUCAUCCUCAUUUCCGCACUAUCAAUUCUCAACCUUGCGCACUGCAAGACCCUCAAGCGUGACGUUAAGGCUUUGAAUGAGAUCAAGGCUUCGCUUGGUUGGAGAGUGGUGUAUGCGUGGGUUGGUGAUGAUCCUUGUGGUGAUGGAGAUCUUCCUCCUUGGUCUGGUGUUACUUGUUCCACUGUCGGUGAUUAUCGUGUUGUCACUGAGCUUGAGGUGUAUGCGGUAUCGAUUGUGGGACCUUUCCCUACUGCUGUGACCAGCUUGUUGGAUCUUACAAGGCUGGAUCUCCAUAAUAACAAGUUGACAGGGCCUAUUCCUCCUCAAAUUGGACGGUUGAAGCGUCUUAAAAUACUCAAUUUGAGGUGGAACAAACUACAGGAUGCAAUUCCUCCAGAAAUUGGCGAGCUUAAAAGUUUAACACAUCUGUACCUAAGCUUCAAUAGUUUCAAGGGAGAAAUUCCCAAAGAGCUAGCAAAUCUUCCAGACCUUCGCUACCUUUAUCUUCAUGAAAACCGUUUAAUUGGUAGGAUACCACCUGAGUUGGGCACUCUACAAAACCUUCGGCACUUGGAUGCUGGUAACAAUCAUUUGGUGGGUACCAUAAGGGAACUCAUUCGUAUUGAAGGUUGCUUUCCAGCACUCCGCAAUCUAUAUCUAAACAAUAAUUAUUUUACUGGAGGAAUGCCUGCACAACUUGCCAACUUAUCCAGUCUUGAGAUCUUGUACCUGUCCUACAAUAAAAUGUCAGGAGUUAUACCAUCUAGCCUUGCUCAUAUUCCUAAAUUGACAUACUUGUACUUGGAUCACAAUCAGUUUUCGGGGAGAAUUCCCGAACCCUUUUACAAACAUUCAUUUUUGAAAGAAAUGUACAUCGAGGGAAAUGCAUUCCGGCCUGGUGUUAAACCCAUUGGUUUCCAUAAAGUGCUUGAAGUUUCUGAUUCAGACUUCCUUGUUUAAUGAAACUCAACAUAUUUAGUUUUUUAGGAAGUUUACGUGUAUAAUUAAUGAAACAAUAGCUCCUCUGAUUUUCUCAAUGAAAAUUGCUAUAUGGGUAAUUCAAUUUUUGUCACGGCUGUCUUGUCAGAAGAAUCAAUAAAUAAUAGUGUUUUUUAACUCUACUA